AUGGCUCAACGGACGUGGCAUAUGUUUUUCGUAAUAAUACUAAUAUUUACAGUUUUAUCACUUGUUGGCGAUGUUUUGUCUACAUCACCGGGACCGUGGUAUGAGAAUCUACCGGCGGUAACCAUGGAUUAUAAGGUUCAUAUAGAUCCUGGAAAAGAAGAUUGUUACUUUCAAUAUGUACAACCGGGUGCCACAUUUUACGCUAGCUACCAGGUUUUAAAAGGUGGUGAUGGUAUGUGUGGUUUUGCCGUACGUCAUCCUAAUGGGAAAAUAGUGCAUCCGUAUGAGUGGCGCCAGAGCGCCGAGUAUGCGGAUCAGACCAGUUCAGGGGGCUACUAUGCAGUUUGUAUAGAUAACCAAUUCUCUAGAUUUGCUGGAAAACUGGUGAAUUUGUACUUAUCAGUGAUAAGAUAUGACAUGUGGGAGAAAUAUGCUAAGGAAGUAGAAGAGCUUGAUAUGAAUAUUAAAAAUUUUACACAUUCCAUACAAUUUGUGGAGAGAAACAUUAAUGAUAUCCUGCAGUAUCAAUAUCAUUCCAGAGCAAGGGAGUCUCGUGACUACAACUUGUUGCAGGAUAAUAAUGCUUAUGUACUUAGAUGGUCAUUCAUACAAAUCCUAGCGAUAGCUGCAACGGGAACUUUACAAGUGUAUUUUGUACGAAAACUUUUUGAGGUUAAGGAUAACUCGUCCAAGACAAGAAUUUGA